AUGCUCCUCUUGACGCUGCUCAUUACUCGUUCGUAUGCCCUACCACUCAACCCAGAGCAUCUCUCUCUAUCACGGCGAGAGACCAGUCAUAUUUCUGACAGGAGCAUAUGGGACAUCAUCUGGAGCUGUUUCGCGACAAUCUUCGCUUGCACAUGGAUCGCUGUCCAUCCCAAUAUUCCUGGCGCGAAGGACAGUCUGUGGCGGGUCUUCGGGCGGCGGCUGGCGAUCAUGAUGUACCUCCUGAUUGCGCCGGAGAUGGUGAUUCUAUGGGCGGCCCGCCAACAUUUCGCUGCCGUAAGGAUUGGGAAACAGUUCCGAGAACAGGGAUGGACGACGACACACGCUUUCUUCCUCACCAUGGGUGGAUUCGAACUGCACGACGACAAGACCUUCCUUCGCGUCUUGGAGGUCACAGAUUUCACGAAUCUUUAUGAACAAGGACGAAUCGAAUGGCCCACGAUCACGGUCGAGCAGAUCGAGGAUAGAAGCAAGGCCGAUUUUUUCUCGAAAGGGGUUGUCAUUCUACAAACGACGUGGUUCGUUGUCCAGAUCAUAGGUCGCGGAGCAAACAGGCUAGCUCUUACCGAGCUCGAGGUGGUUACGUUGGCGUUCGGCAUCCUAAGCGGGGUCAUCUACUGGCUCUGGUGGAAUAAACCGAUGGAUGUGCGGUGUCCAGUACCAAUCUAUUUGAAAGACGAGAAAAAGGAAAGAACGUCGCCAACCCCAGAAGAACCGUCAGAUACGUCCGGGCCGCCUGAGAUAUCCAUGGUCGGUGUUAUCACACCUGGGGAUGUCAGUGGAGACGUGUCCGGGCGUGAAGACGACAAGAGGCCGUCCUCCGUCAUCGCUUCGAGCAAACCGGACUCUCGUGGGCGAUCACCUUCACUCCAAAAUGUGCAGACCCCAUCCAAGUUUCACCUGUUGUGCUCAUACAUUUCCGAAAAGCGCCGGGAACGCGGCACAUUCUACGGACUCGUCCACGUUUUCGUAACGCGACCUCUUCUCAUUUUCUUCGGUCCUAUGAGCGACAUGCUCUCACUAGAUACCCUUCAGGGAGAUCACAGCCGGGUCCCAACAUUCUAUGCUCCCAAGGAUGAGGCAGAUGAAGAUACGGGCUCCAGCGGCGUGGUUGCCAUAUCAGCUGCGAUUUUAUUCGGAGCCAUUCAUUUCGUUGCGUGGUCCGCAUCGUUCCCCACCCUAGCAGAGAAGUGGCUUUGGCGCGUCAAUGCUAUUCUUAUCUGCACGCUGCCUAUUUUGAUGCCAUUCCUUGGCACCUUGUUGAACACGAAGAAACAAGACGAGAUGUCAUUCUGGGAGAGGAUAGUUGAUGAUUUUAUCACAGCGGUACUCGGGCUCCUUCUGGGCGCUUAUAUAGCCUCUCGAGUUUGUCUCCUUGUUCAACCCCUUGUUACGUUUAGGUCAUUAUCUCCUUCUGCAUACGAAGAUUUGGACUGGACUAGCUACCUUCCUCACGUAUAA